AUGGCAGCAUCUGCUCUUAAGACCUGCUUUUUCUCUUUUACAGAGCAGUAUGAAGUAGUGGGACCUGCAGAUCCUGUAUUUGCUGUAGCUGGUGAAGAUGUGAUUCUGCCCUGUUCAGUCAAACCCAACAUCAGUGUUGUGGACAUGAGAGUGGAGUGGUUUAGACUUGAUCUGAAAGACUCACAACUAGUGCAUCUCUAUGAGGAUCAUGAAGACAAAAACACAAAUCAGAUUCAGUCCUACAGAAGGAGAACAAAACUGAAUCAUCAAGAACUACAGACAGGAAACGCAUCACUCAAACUCUCAUCAGUCCGAGUCUCUGAUGAAGGACUUUAUAAGUGUUUUAUUCAGUCCAAAUCCUGGUAUGAUGAUGCCACUGUUAAUGUCAAUGUUGAAGCUGUAGGACGUCCUCCAGUGAUCACUGUAGAUGGAUCUGAUGAUUCAGAAGGGCUUCAUUUACAGUGUGAAUCUGAAGGUUGGAACCCUAAACCUGAUCUUGAGUGGCUGAACAGUGAAGGAGUCAGUUUGAGUUCAGAAACUACAGAGACACACAGAAAUGAAGACGGAUUCAGUGUGAAACACACCAUCACUGUACAUCACAGAGACGACAAGAUUCACUGCAGAGUCAAACUGAGACAUCACGUGCUGGAAACACAGAUUAUCACCACAAGUAAAAGGUUUAGUUCUUGGAGGACAUCAAUCAUCCUGAUUUCAGUAGCUGCUGUGCUCAGUGUGAUUGCUGGAAUACUGAUAGCUGUGUUUGCUCGUAAAAACAGAGCUCUCACAUAUUUAAGAACAUACACGGUGAAUGUGAUUCUGGAUGCUGAUACGGCUCAUCCACAACUCAUCGUGUCUGAUGAUGGGAAACAAGUGAGAUAUGGAAACACACAAACAGAAGGAGUAGAUGGAGGAAAAGACAGAUUUGAUGAUUUGUUUGGGGCAUAA